AUGAAGAUGCUCGAGCUGAACUACUACCAUGGAGAGAUAUUUGAAAAGUACAAAAUCAACAGCGUGCUGUCUGCACUGGUAGACAAGCACAAGCUGCAAAAUGAAAGCAUCGACUUUAACGAACUGAGCAACAGGAAGAACAACUAUAGCAUAAUGGCUCUCUUGGGAAGCCAAAUUAAAAAUUUUAACGACGAUGUAUACAAAGACAUAGACACAAAUGAUAUCAUCUUAGCUCUCUCCAAGUUGAAACAAAUUGACGAACAAAUCACCAUAAACGAAAGCCACAACAAAGAUUACAUUUUGGAGAUGGCAGAACAACUGUAUUAUGAGUACUCCAACAAGGGACUCAUCAGUAAUGAAAAUUCUUUCCAUUUAAACAACAAGGAAAACUUCAUCAGUAUCAACUUGCAACUAAUGAAUGAAAUUAACGCAGGGAUUAGGAGUUACCAAAACAAGAUUCCCUAUUUACGUUCCUAUUGCGAUGAAAAAUAUCCGAGGGCGGAAGCUUUACUUCCUGUAGAGACAGCUCCACACCAUAAUGGGGACGCUGAUAAUUACAACAUCUCGGGGUUGAUUGAAAGGGAAGAUUAUUACAACGUGAAGCAAAAUGAGCAUGAGGAUAAUAGAGGGAGAAAUGUUUUGGGUAAAAAUACCUACUCGAGUAGAAAGAACAGCCAAGUGUUUGGGAACAGGACUGAUGAGCACGACCUGGUGGAUGCAUUGGGGCCAAACGAGGAUGACAACCAUGUGGGCGUCGUCCGUGGAGGGAAUGCCGCAGGGUAUGGAGCUGAAAAGGGCCUGUGUGUUGUCGGUCCUAAUGGGAAGAGCAACCUGUAUCAGUACCGAAAGGAGGCGACGAAUAGCACCUACUGCAACAGCGUAGAAAAUGUGAAUGGCCCCAGCGGGGCAAGCAGACGGGGAAGCCUAAACUUCCUUGGCGAAGAGGAAGGACACGGUACCCAUAUCGGGGUUGACCAUGUUAGCGGCAUUAAUGAUGACCGUGGUGAGCGCUUGGGCGAACGCAGCGCGAGGAGCAUCAGCAACCAUCGAAGGAGAAGCAGCCUUAGCAACGCGACACGUUAUCACCAGGGGGAGCAACUUCUGCUCAGAGACCCAGUGAAAGGAGCCUAUUUGAAGAGGGAGACGGGGGUGGCGAGAACAUCUGGGCAUACGGUACAAACCAGAAAAACAGCACAAUACGAACGAGAGGAAGAAGACAAUAGCUUGACCGAAAAUAACCACAGGAAUAGUGCCCUCAGCAGUGCGCAGGAUUUAGGUAUAGGAAUGGACAAUGAGCCAACAACAACAUACAGGAGGAGAAGUUUUUACGAUGCGGAACAUUCUAAUAGAAUCAGCGCGAACAUGUGGGGCCACCGACAUACGAGGGCCCAUGCAAGUGGAAGCGGUAGAGGGAGAUUUGAAAAAAAUGCCGAUCUUCUACACAAAGAUGACUUAAACUACUACGGAACCGAGUCGAAGAGAGCCAUGAGUAAUGUUAAUACCAUUAUGGGUGCAUAUCACCCUGGGGGGAAAUUAACUGCCCAUGGUAAUAUUUUCACCAAAAAGGGCCUUAACAGUAAUGACCGCAAUGGGAGCAACGCCCCGAACAGCGUCCUCGAAAAUAUUGAUAAGGCUGAACAAGAAAUCGUUAACAACCAUUUGAAGAAUUCGCUAACACAGAAUGAAUACGUCGCACGGAGGAUGAGCUCCAUCCUGCUAAACCCAACCAUGCCUCAGAAGGAAAUCUUUAACAGCAGAGUUGUUCCCACGUAUGACCACCAUGGCCAGCAAAGUGUAACAAAAUUUGCUCCGAGGAAUCCAUCGAAUGGUAAUAACUACACACAGGACCUUUCUUUGCAAAAGUACAGCACACUCGGUCAGAGAAAGCAUUACACUGCCGAUACGAAUAACAAUAGUAGCUUCAUCGUAAGUAGCAGCGUCAACAAGAAUAACACGUCUGAAGAAGGCUCCAUGAUUCACGUCAUUGGAGGAGGAGGUGUGGACCAUGAUAAUAAGCAGUUCCUUGUGAGACCUAGAAAUAGCUUCUUCAUGAGGGAUAGAAACAUGCACUUCAACUCUGUGGAUCGACAUAACAGCUCUAACACGCCGCUAAUAAAUAUGGACAGUGUGAGUAACUUCUCGCGCAACGUACCAAAAUCGAUUGAAUCGAACUUAAACAUGUAUACAAAUAAACACUCACGGGCGCUGGACAUAAACGACCUGAACAGCAAUGCCAGUCGAAACUACGUGAACAGUUCAAACAGCUUCAAAAGCGACUUCACAACGAUGCGCGAUAACUACGCCAAGAUGCUGGAUCGCUCCAAGUCGCUCACGUCGCAGAUUUAUCGGGCGCCCAUUGCACAGAGGUACGUGUAG